AUGUCAACUCCCCGUGCCAAGCGCCAAUUUGCUGGUGCUUCAGCCGAUCCCUCUCAGCGCCAAAUCACCUCUUUCUUCAGUGCUAGAACUCCAGCUGAGUCUAUGGCUGCCGAAGCUGAGAAGCCUCUCCAGCCUGUUCUCCCCUCGACGGUCCAGGCAAACCUCCUCAGCGUCGGUAUGCGAGUUCGCAAGUCCGUUCCCGAAGGAUACAAGACAGUCGGAACUAGUGCUUUCAAGCUCUGGACAGACAAUGCUCCUCCAGUAAACACGACCAAAACUACCGCACGAGUCCCUAUUAAGGGCGCCUCUCGAGAACUUCUCCCUUUCUGCGGAAUCAACAGAGUUGGCGGCCUGGAUACGCAGCCCGAUUUUGAACGAGAGGAUGAUGUUCCGGAUAUCGAUGCAAUUCCCGAGCUUACCAUGUCGCAAGAGAGUAACGAAAGUGUUGGGUCGUACGAUGGAUCUCGCAAGCGAAUUUUUGAUGAAGAGGAAGAUGAGCUGGUUGAAAGCCGCGCCAUGGACGUCCAGAGCAACUCCCGAAUUAUGGCUAUUCCCGUGUCUCGAAAGGGUGCCGGUUUGAGGGGGUUCGUCUCGGACAACCGAAACUCUGGUUCGGAUUUCGAAGAGGCUGAUUUUCUUGUCGAUCCCGAAAUGGAUAUGACUAACUAA